AUGUCGCUGGAAGAUAGUUUCAAGAAGAGGGUAGCCAAGUGCCGCAGGGAACAUGACAUUAUUUACAGGCAGCUCCCAGUGCUGCUAGAGAAGCUGGAGAUUCUGUUUCCUACGGGGAAGAAGACGGAAAGCUCCGAGCCGCAGAACAAAUCUGAAACAAAGAAGAAGCUGGUCGCCCCGCUGACGCCGGCAGAAAUAGGGGAGCGCUACAAGGAUCUGGAGGAGACCAUCAAAGGAUUCCUCAAGGACCUGGACGACGCCGAGAAGGAGACCGGAGGCACGAGCCAGGCGGCAAUGCCACCUUCAGUGGAAGACGAAUAA